AUGACACCGGAAAACCAAGAAGCGCGUUUAGCCAAACAGAAAGCAGCUUGGGAUCAAUUGCAACGCAGCAAUGCUUCGUUAUUGGAACAAUUUCACAGGCUUAGUGCUUUGAACAAUGUCCACGAUUCUCCUGACAGGGUGAUCAAGGAGCAUAUCUCCCUUCUUAAGAAAUACAACGAACUUCGAGAUACCGGUCUAGUUCUCGCCCAAAUGAUCGCAGACGAAAAACAGUGUAAGGUGAAGGAAGUUUUCGAGGAAAUGAACUACGACAUGCAAGACAAAGUCUGA